AUGCGCAGAAAGCCAUCCUCUCAGGCUGUCUCGAGUUUAGAAACCAUCUUUUUGCAGGAGGAAGGUGAUAUUGCUCUUGCCGAGGAAGAGCUGCGCACCGCGCGUUUGAAGUACGAACGGGUCUUUGAUGAAAGCUUCACUGUUCCAGAUGUCCUGCGCCACGUAUACCCCUCCCUUACUUUAGCAGAACUUCAAGUCAGGGGGAGUAUGGAGCAAAUUGAAGAGGCAAAGUACGAGUAUGACGACAACAACAACAAUUCCGUGACUGCCAGCUCAUCACCUGCUUUGGAAUAUUGUUCUUUGUCAAGUGUCCCCUCUACCCCUGUUUGUAACAACCACUCGGCAUACAUUCAGGCUGCUCAAAGUACACCCUGCCCUUCAGCAUCGGGCAAAGGCAAAGCUCAGUGCUCCAAACCUCAUCUCCAGCUUGGAUCUCCGUUCAAGUCUCCACCUCCCUCUGGUCAACCCCCGAGCUACAGUCUCUUUCCCAUCUCCACAUCCCUUACUCCGCAGACUCCCAAGAAGUCGGUGCACGUCAAGGCCCUGUCAUAUACCCCAUUGUCUUCUACCCAGCCUAGUCAGUCUUCGUCAACCCUUUGUUAUGAUGCUCAGAUCUUACGCACUCCAUUCACUGCUAUGUCCUCUACACCAUCCCUUCAGACUCUCCUAGAGUGGGCCCCCGUGUCUACCAAACUUAAUGUUCCUCACUAUACUGUCCGGGUUAGACGGCGUGUUGGCUUCUAUUCCAGUUGGAAUCUUGCUAGCUCGCUGAUUGAAGGCAUUGAAAAUAAGUGUUCGUGGAAAGGGUUUUCUAAUUAUGAUGAGGCUGCCGAGGACUAUUUUAGAAGCCGCACCCUCAGUCUUGUUCGCGUUCAUAGAGAACCUUAUGAUGAUGACACUAUCUUUGGGCCUCGUGAGUUUGCUGAAAAUAUACUAGCACGUGGUAGUAAAGGUCAGGCAAAGUAA